AUGGGGUCGAUAAGAAAAACUCGCGAGCUUUCCGAUAUAGCUCCACAAUUUGAUGUGAAGGGUGGAUUGUGCAAAAGUUAUAAUUUAGAUAAUGGUAGUUCUUCCAGCGGCAUAAAAAUUCAACAUGUAACAGAAUUAAAUAAUGUCCUGGAAGAAAAAUCAAGAUUUCCUAAAUUAGAAGAAUGUGCUCAUUUUCAUUAUGACCAUGUCGAAAUAGGAUCAUUGCAAGUAGUUAUCAUAGAUGAUGGUAGUUUAAAAUCGUAUAAAAAUUCUGGUGAAGAAAAAUGGUGGUCACUAAAUGUUCAAUCUCAAAAUAAAUCAUGGCUUGUUAAAAGAUCAUACGAUAAUUUCAAAAUGUUAGAUAAACAAUUGCAUCAAUGUAUUUACGAUAGAAAAUUUUCAGAGUUGAUGGAAUUACCCGAAGAAUGCAUCGAAGAACAGGAAAAUUUACAUAAGGUUCUUUCGGAUUACAUGAAAAGAUUUUCAUCGAUUGCUGGAAAUUUAAUAAAUUGCGGACCCAUUUUAAAUUGGUUAGAACUCGAUAAUAAAGGUCAUAGGUUACUCAUUCCGAAUAAUAUUAAUUAUCCUAUAAAUACUCCUGCCGUUGCAGCAGCAUAUUCUGUAAAACGAUAUUCGGCUCAGGCUCCGGAUGAAAUUUCUUUCGAAGUCGGUGAUAUGAUUUCCGUAAUCGAUAUGCCACCUUCUGAAGAAUCGAUUUGGUGGCGUGGGAAGCGCGGAUUUCAAGUGGGUUUUUUCCCAUGCGAAUGCGUGGCCGUCAUCGGUGAUAAAAUUCCGAAAAAUAUUAAAUUUUCAUCGAAAAUAUCUCAACCUACGAAACCUGUACUUCGAAAGCAUGGAAAACUCAUUUCUUUUUUCAGAUCGUUUAUUUUAUCUCGACCCUCUCGUCGAAGACUCAAACAAUCGGGAAUAUUAAAAGAAAGAGUUUUUGGAUGCGAUUUAGGAGAGCAUUUGUUAAAUUCCGGACACGAAAUCCCGAUGGUUUUAAAAUGUUGCGUUGAAUUUAUCGAAUAUCACGGUUUGAUCGACGGAAUAUAUAGAUUAUCCGGAGUCACGUCAAAUAUUCAAAAACUAAGAAACACGUUCGACGAAGAUAGGGUACCUGCUUUGUACGAGGAUCAAGCCAUACUUCAAGAUGUACAUAGCGUUGCUAGCCUAUUGAAAAUGUACUUUAGAGAAUUACCCAAUCCUCUAUGCACGUAUCAGCUAUACUAUCAAUUCGUCGGAGCCAUUCAAACUCAAGAUAAAGAAAAUGCAAGAUUGUUAAAAAUUAGAGAUGUCGUACAAAAAUUACCACCGCCACAUUAUAGAACUCUCAAAUAUUUAACAAAGCAUUUAGCUCGCGUAUCGGAAAAGGGUGCCGAAACCGGAAUGACUUCACGAAACAUAGCCAUAGUUUGGGCUCCGAAUUUAUUACGUUGUAAAGAAUUAGAAGUCGGAGGGGUUGCUGCUCUUCAGGGUGUCGGAGUUCAAGCCGUCGUUACGGAAUUUUUAAUUUGUUACGCAGAUUUAAUUUUUAGCGAUCAAUUACCAAAUUUUAACGUAUCGACCGAAGGGUCGGUUAAGAAAAGUCGGCCGAAAUCCUUGGCGAUAUCCACACCUACGAAAUUAUUGUCACUCGAAGAAGCGAGAACAAGAGCUUUACUGCAAACAUCUAAUAAAGAAGAAUCGAAUUACAUUGAAGUGGGUGGAGGACCGUCAUGCCUUCCUGCAAAGUAUCAUACUGUGAUAGAGCUACCCGGUUACACGAGGAAAAGACUGGGUUCGAAACGUUCUCCGAUCGGUUGGAAAUUUUUAUUCGGGAAAACCGGAAGGAGUUCAAAUCCUAGCAGUAAAGAAACGAGUAGCAAAACCUCGAGUGACGUAUUUGACGUCGUAUUACCAGUUCUUCAAAAUCGACUCCUUUUGAGACCGGCAAAAAGCGCAGAGAGUUUAAAUUCGAGUCAACAGUCAAUAACCUUAGAUGUAAGAAGUUCCCUUAGUGUAAAAAUAGAAAAUCCCAAUAGCAGUAUUGUUAAUUCUCCAUCGGUGAAAAAUUGCGACGGGAAAAACGGUCAUAAUCGAUCCGUUUCUCACGAGUCAUAUUUCGAUCACUAUCAGGAUACGAAGAAGAAUUUAACGUCGGACAUAAGUGAAAUACAAGUCAAUUUCGAUCUUGAAGAAUCGGAAAUGCGAAUAUUUUCCGAAGAUGAAACACUUUUGUCAGCGGGUAGCGAUAGUUUAACGUCAAACAGUUCGCCUCGUUUAAUCAACAGUCAAAAAUCUGGAAAAUCUACUACGGGUAAUAGCAUAAAAAGGUCUUCUUGUCCGAAAUUAAACACGACGGAAAAUUUUCUCAACGCGGAUCCAUCACCGAAAAAACAGAAAACAAACGAAGAAAAUUGUUUCAAGUCAAAAUUGGAAGAACAAUUGUCGAGUUCGAUGGGAGAUAUUCAAUUCAUCGAUAGCGUUUCUCCAGAUCAGGGUCUAGUUCCGUGCGAAAUGGGUCCGAUACAAAGUCCAUCAUCGAUAGCAUCCAUUUCACAAAUGAGUUCUUUACUGUUGGUACCCUCGAGUCCUAUUUUACCUCACAUUCCUCAUUUAAAUUUUCCAUUUUCCGUUACUUCAGAUACCUCAAAUUCGCAUAACGACUUUAAAACAAACGAUGGACCGAACGAUAAUUUAUUGACGAAUUCGUCAACGAAUGAUUCCAUCGAACAAUGUUCUUCUCACGAAACAAAUAAUUUUAAUAAAUUGGUGGAUGAAAGUUCCGGUCGGUGUUUGAACGGUUCGAACGUGAUUGAAAUUUCAGCAUCGAGCAGCGGUGGAAGCAUCGGAGAAAUCACUCCGGAUUCUUCUGUCGGAUUACCCUACACUCCGUUGGUAGAUACGAGGGAAACGAACGAUUUUCCCGACGUGAAACAACCCCCCAGUCACGACUCGACUAAUUCGACCACUAAAAUUUGUUUACCCAAAAGUUCAGAAAACGACGACGAUAGUUUAAUUACGAAAAGAAAUAGUGUUAGUAACGUUUUCGCCAAAAAUGAAUGCGAAGUUAAAUUAUUGCCUUGUCGAAAAACUGCUACCGAAUUAAACGUCGUUGUGGACAAAUCGGAUGAUGGUAAAAAAUUGACAUCGAGCGAUAAAUCGUUGGAAAAAAGUAGUAUUAUCAUGAGCAGUUCGUCGAGCGACUUUUCGAUAAACGAUAAAUCGAUAGUUUUAGAAACGAGUUUCGAAACGAAACCUUUGCCGAAUUCGAAUCGAAAUAAUCCCGACAGUAUUAAAUACGAGUGUAUAUCGACAGAAAGUUCCUGUGAUUCGUUAAUCAAUGUAAAUAAUAAAAAUAACGAAGAAAAUACGUCACUAUUGGGUUUGCUUUGCGAUCUGGACGACAUUGCGUUGAAAAAUUUAACGGACAAUAAAAUGGAUUCUUCGAAGGAUGAUUUAAGAAUGUUACCAUCAAACGACGAAUUCGAAAAGGAUUCGAAAGGUGAAAUUGUAGGAGACGACAAAAGAUUAGAUGAUGAAAAAAGUGUACCUGAAAAUUAUUUAGAUUCGGAAAGAAACCUGGUUUCACUGAGGAACUAUCCCGAAACCAAACGUCAUUCCGGAAAUCUAUUAGAAACGGAUUUAGAUGCUCUCGACGUUUUAGAAAUGGCCAAUUUUCCCUCACGUUCGAGUUUCGACGAUAUUAAAGAAAAUUCGACGAACGUUUUUGUGCCUCAGAAAUCUAGUUCAAGUGGAAACGUUCAACAAUUGCUCUCCAAAUUCGAAAUUAAACCAUCGAGUAAAACCGUUUCGAAUGACGUUGAAAAUACCGUAACGAAAAAAGAAAUAAAAUCUAUGGAAUGUUCGAAACCGGACAAUGGCCGACACGAAUUGUUCGAACGUCCUAAAACGUUGGAAAGAAUGUGCGCGAAAAGAAAAACGGGAAAAGAUUACGUGGAAAUGGAAAAGGUUUCCCUUGGGAAAUCCAAAAGCGGAAGUCAAAUCAACGAGAAAAAAACGGACGGUGAAAAAUUUGAAAAAUUCAUUGCGGGAGGAGGAGGAGGAGGAGGGGAUUUCGAUUUGUCGGAUCCGCAGAGGAGAGAAAGAAUAGAAAAAUAUAAAGAAAAAAGGCGGAAUUAUUUAAGGGAAAAAUACAGGUCGGAUAGUUUUAAAAAUGAUAAAAGCGGAGAAAACCUCUCGACGACGGGUAACAACAACAAAUUGAAAUUUUCGUUUAAAAAAGAACGAGAAAUAACCGUUGGAGAAAAUUUUGACGUCACGGACAGAAACGACGAGUCUCCCCCUGGGAGGGGUUGUUCAAACGACGUCAUCAAUUCGGAUAAAAAAAAUAAAUUUACGGGUUCGAAAAUGAGUAAAGUGUCAGAUUCGGUAUCGAAAGACUUAUUACGACGUUCUCUCCCCUCGGAAAUUUCAUCCGAACGUUCGCGAUUUGAAUUAACGUCUCUUUCGAACACAUUCAAACAGUAUUCAACGAGAAAGGGUAGCGGUAUACAAAGGUUACACAGCGAACCCAAAAAUACACGUUCGCAACAAGAUUUUGACGAUGGUAAAAAAAUUCAUCAAACGUUAGGGCAGGCUUCUCCUGACGGAAACAUCUCCCACUGUAAAUCGGCGUCGACGAAAAUCAAAUCAGACAUUUUAAAAACACUUGUAAAUACUUCGGACGUCGAAAAUCAAAACGUUAAAAAAAUAAACUCCGCGGAAAACGAUAAAUCACCCACGACCGUUUGCAUAAAAGAUCUGAGAGCGCAGUUUGAAGAACAAAGUGUUGCCAACACAGCAAAGCAAUAUCUUUCGUCCGUCUGA